AUGAGCAAACGGCCCCCAAAUGAGCUUGAAAGUAGGCUUCACCAGGCGGCGCUUAGCUCCUCAAAGAAGGAAAUAACCGCAAAACAAGCAGAGUCCAUCAUUUCCGAUCCCAGUGCCAGGCAAGAUGCACUCAAUUUCUUGCUCGGAGUUGGGCUGUUCAAGUCUCUGAAGGAUCCGAAGGGGCAUAUAUUGUUCAGGGCGGUGACGAAGAACGAGCUAGUCGCCACGAAAGACCUGACGGGUGAAGAGAACCUCGUUCUAAGUCACAUCAAGAUUGCAGCGACCGAAGGGAUCUGGACGAAACACCUGAAAGCCAAGACGAACCUGCACCAAACCGUCAUCGAUCGAUGCUUAAAAACUCUAGUGCAAAAGCGCCUCAUCAAGCGCGUGCCUUCUGUACAACACCCAACCCGCAAGAUCUACAUGCUCGAAGGCCUUGAACCUUCCAUUGCUCUGACGGGCGGACCUUGGUACACUGAUAACGAGCUCGACACGGAGUUUAUUCAAAACCUCACGGAGGCAUGUUUUAAGUUUAUUAGCGAUCUGAGCUUCCCCAAACGGAAGGAAGGCGCGCCCGGAGCGCUUUAUCCCAUCUCCAACGCACCACAAUACCCUACCGCCCAGCACAUCAGAAACUCUCUCCGGAAAGCGCAGCUGACAGAGACCGACCUCACAGUCGAACACGUGGAGAUGCUUUUGAAUGUGCUGGUUCUAGACGGAAAGAUAGAAAAGCUUCCAGCGUUCGGCAGCGCCCUUUGGGAUUCAUCCGCAAUUGGGGAUGAAGAUUCGGACGACGAUCGGAGGAGUCAGAAAAAGCGAAAACAUCAAUCGGACGAUGAAGACGACAAGAGGAAGAAGCGGAAGCGGAAGAAGCAUGUCAUUAGCAGCAACGACGACGAGAGCAGCGCGUCUGACUCUGGUUCGCGGAAGAAGCACAGACGAAAGCGCGCCAAGGACGAUUCCGACUCUGAUGACUGCGAUUCGGAUGAAGAGGUGAAGAAGAAGAAAAAGAAAAAUAAGAAGAGGCGUGACUCGUCCAGCGAGGAUGACAGCUCAGACGACGACCACAAGAAGAAAAAGAAGAAGAAAAAAGUCAAGCAAGAGUCAUCCGACGAGGAAUCCGACCGUCCUCGAAAACGGGGGAAAUCCUCCAAGCGCUCUUCUUCUCCCGCAGCCGCAUUUGACGAAUACGAUACCAGCUCCGGUGGCACCGUCUACCGUGCCAUCAAAGCAGAAACGAUAUUCCUCGGAUGGUCCGAGACACCAUGUGCGCUAUGCCCCUCGUUUGAAUUCUGUAAAGACGGUGGGCCUGUGAAUCCGAGGGAGUGUGUGUAUUAUGGUGAUUGGCUUACGGGUGGAACGGUAGCUGGUGUAGAGGAUAUGAUAUAA